AUGCCGAAAGAUCUUUUAGCCGCUUUAAAAGAGGAAAACGGAUAUAACAAUCAUGCCUCGAGCGACAGUUUCGAGGACGGCAGCUAUUUAUCCGCCUUUUUUAGUCAAGUCGAGCAAAUUCGUGGUGAAAUCGACAAAAUCGCUAUUCUUGUUACAGAAAUUAAGCAGAAACACAGCGAAAUACUUGCGGCUCCGAACCAAGAUGAAAAAACGAAGGCUCGGGUCGAAGAGAUCAUGGCGGAAAUUAAACAGUGUGCAGGAGGAGUUCGUUGCACUUUAAAGCAACUUGAUCUAUCCAUCCAGCAGGAGGAGAAGGCUGGUGGAGAUGUCGCUGACAUUCGAAUCAAACGGUGUCAACAUCAGACCAUAGGUCGUCGAUUCGUGGAAGUUAUGCAGAAUUACAGUAAGGCUCAGACGGACUACCGAGAUGCCAAUAAGAAACGCAUCCUUCGUCAAAUGGCCAUUGCCGAUCGCAACAUAACAGAUGAGGAGUUGGAAGACAUGCUAGAGUCUGGAAAUCCACAGAUUUUUACGCAAAGUAUUCUGGCGGACACACAAUUGGCCAGGCAGACUCUCUCUGAGAUCGAAGCAAGGCAUCAGGACAUCAUUAAACUGGAACAGAGUAUCAAGGAGUUGCACGACAUGUUCCAGGACCUGGCAACUCUUGUAGAUUCACAGCAAGAAACAAUUGACAAGAUUGAGUAUAAUGUAGACCAGGCGAAAGACUACAUUGAGACGGCAAAAACAGACGUCGAGAAGGCGGUCAUUUACCAGAAGAAAUCGCGAAAGAAAAAAAUAAUCAUCGGAGUUGUGGUCGCAUUAAUUCUUCUUAUCAUAAUCAUCUCCCUGGCGACUACCUUGGCUACAAGAUGA